CUCUGACACGCCCGCAUGGCGACGGAGGCUGGUGCGACGUGUGACGUCACGGCGGGGCUGGUCAUCUGGUCUGUCCCGGUGCACGAAGUGGAUGUUCCCCGCAGCUCACCAACUAACAGAACGACGACUAUGGAGCAAGUGAACCUGUUUCUUCGGAGGGCGGAGAUGGACAGCCGCACAGCGGCACUGCUGACGGCCGCCGCCUGCGGCGCGGGAGCCGUGGUGCUGCUCUUGCGGAACAUGAGCCGCCACCGACGGACAAAGGAUAAGAUCCAGAGAGCCAGCGACCGGAGGACGGAGGGUCUGCAGCGUGCGGAGCAGGCGGUGCUCCGCUACAGGCAGUCGCAUCCAACGACCAACUCUGCUCUCAUCUUGACGCUGUCCCUUUCUGAGUUGACCAAGCAACUGCAGGAAGGCUCGCUGAGCCCUGAGGAUGUGUUUUACACUUACAUGGAAAAGACUCUGGAUGUACACAAACAACUGAACUGCUGCACUGGGAUUUUGCUGGAGAGUUUUGACCAGUUAAAAACGAUUGACUCCAACAAGAAAGGUCUCUUGUAUGGAGUUCCAGUCAGCAUCAAAGAAAACUUUGAAUACAAGAAUCAGGACUGUUCUUGUGGUGUGAUCAUUAAUCUGGACCAGCCCGCAAACAAUGAUGGCGUGCUUGUUGAAGUUCUGAAGCGACAAGGAGCCAUUCCCUUUGUGAAAACCAACUUACCCCAAGGCCUGUUAAAUUAUGACUGCAGUAACCCCAUUUAUGGGCAGACAGUGAACCCUCAUAACCUCCAGAAGACCUCUGGAGGUUCGUCCGGUGGGGAGGGUGCUCUCAUCGGGGGAGGAGGCUCUCCACUUGGUUUAGGUAGUGAUAUCGGGGGCAGCAUCCGUAUUCCGGCCUCUUUCUGUGGGAUCUGUGGCCUCAAGCCAACAUCAGGACGACUGAGUUCAAAGGGUCUGAGGCCCAUUUUUAGAGGGCAAAAGUCAGUGUCGUCAUCUGCUGGACCCAUGGCGAAGGACGUGGACAGCCUGGCCCUGUGUAUGCAGGCUCUGCUGUGUGACCACAUGUUUUCCUUGGACCCCACUGUUCCGCCCAUACCUUUUAAUGUGGAGAUGUACCAGAGCACUAAGCCUCUGAGGAUCGGUUACUUUGAAAGCGAUGGCUACAUGCAGGCGUCUCCAAGCAUGACCCGAGCCAUCAGAGAAGUCAAAGCCCUGUUGGAGCAAGCAGGCCACACCUUGGUGCCCUACAGUCCUCUGAAGAUCGACCAUGUUGUCACUGAAAUGUUGAUUAAGGGUGUGAUGGCAGAUGGAGGCACCAGCCUGCUACAAAAACUGGAGGGAGGCCCCCUGGACCCCUGUCUCAGAUCACAGGUUUUCCCUUACUAUUUUCCUAAGUGGUUGAAGAGAACCCUCUCAUUCCUCCUAAAGCCCCUGUCUACUCGUGGUUCUGCUACCUUCAGAGCUCUCUGCGGAGUUGGAUCUAUUCCAGAGCUGUGGAAGCAGCAUGCUGCUGUUGAGGACUACAUCCAUGAAACGAUAGGAGAUUGGAGAAGAUGCAACAUAGAUGUGCUGCUUUGCCCCAUGAUAGGACCGGCCUACAACUUCUUAUACUGCGGCAGGGUUACACCCGCCCUUUCGUACACAAUGCUUUACAAUCUCCUCACCUUUCCCGCCGGUGUAGUUCCCGUUUCCACAGUGACCGCAGAAGAUGAGGAGGAACUCAAGCACUAUAAGGGCAAUUACCAGGACUACUGGGACAAGCUCUUCAAAAAGGCUGUGUCUGGAGGCGAGGGUCUGCCUGUGGCGGUGCAGUGUGUCGCUCUGCCGUGGCAGGAUGAGCUCUGCCUGCGUCUCAUGAAGGAGGUGGAACAACUGGUCAAACAGAGCAGAGGUUAAAGCCUGGAGGCCACAGGUGGAGCUACGGACCUCAGUGGCUUCAGUGAGUCUCCAGAAUCCUGUCUGAUGAAGGUGAUCUUUGAACUAAUGACUCAUAGUGGUACGAUAUGAACGAGACAUGAAAAAAUAAGUUAGCACAAUUUACGUUGUUUUAGAAAUGGUUGUUUAGGUUUUUGUAUUGCGGGGUCGUAAUAAAGAUAGAGCGCAAACCUGGCAAAUAAAGCUUCUGAUUCUGAUAAAGGUUAACUGAAGAUAAUAGAUCACUGAUGACUAAACUUUUAAAAUUAUGACAGUUUUAAUUAUAUGAAUUUAUGUUUUUUGUUUUUUUUGUGUGAAAUCAAGUACCUGAUUUGUACUUUCAUGGUGAAAUGGGCUAAAUGUUUGUUCUUGUGACCUUGUUUAAUAUUUCAUGCAAUAUAGCAAGAACACAUACCACGUACUGUACAGCAAAUUGAAUUCACAUCACUGCUGGACAAAGAGGCACUGUGACCACCCGCAUAAUUCUAUAUUUCGAUUAGAAUUUAUGAUGAAUAUGGAAAAUGAUAUUUUCUUGUUGAUCAUGUCUGAAUGUUGAAAUGUAAUCCACUACCACCACCACCCAAGACCCUUUUUUUUCAAUAUACAGUUUUUGAUUUGAUAUUGGCAGCCUAUUCGUCAAAACCUUUUGCCUCAUUUAAUAUUAAAUUAACUAAAUUCACACAUUUUGAUGCUCCUUCACCAUCAUACACUCAGCAGCUGUGAGGGCACACAACCUCGUUCUUUACCUUCCACCUCUGCCUCACUUUGCCAUAGAUGAGUGCAGAUCAUGUUCAUUCUUUUUGGGAGUGAUUGUUGCACUGAUGCCAUAACAGGAAACAGAAAAGAGAUAAAGAAGACUAAUGACUCAUGGCGCCUCCAUCUACGCGGCCAGCGCACCAUGUCGUCAUAUUGUGAUUACCCUGUGCUAUUGUAAAUAUGUGUUUCUGUUGGGUUUACAUAAAUUUACAUAUGUUUUUAAAAAAAAACCUCUCCUGGGAUGGGAAACCAUUAGUGACAAUGUUAGUGUUUUCCAUUACAGUCGCCCAUGUUAGAACUCGUGUCUGAUUGAAUGGAAAUGGCCGUGCGCGUGUGGUAGAGGAAGGAGGGGACAUUAGGCGAGGAGGAGAGCUGGAAUUGAGAGGUUGUUCUUAGCCUUAUCUGUGGCACAUGGAGAGGAGAGAGUGUGGCUCUCACUGUGCCACUCAGUCAGGGAGCAUUAAGCUUUAAGAGGCAGUGAAGAGACUCAGGUCUUCAGAGGGAACUGACAUUGUUCAUAAAUCCCUCAGGAUCUGAGACGGAGGCAGUGACACACACACACAUUCAAAUUCUUCCUUCAAAUGGGCCCAUUAAAUACAUUUACCAAUUACAGUUUAGCAUGUGUGUAUAAUACUGUAUUAUACAUAAUUAAAAUCAAUUUAAACAUAAUUUAUAUACUGUAGCCCUUUUAAACUUCACAGAUGAUCAGAGCACAAGUGAUACAGAGCAAAUACUUUUUUAUUAAUGUAUAAAUAAGUAAAGCAAGUAAAACAUUUUUCUAUAGAAAAGGGUGAUUGUAAACUGAUUUGCUCAGAUUUUUUAUCAAUGCAGUCUUAACAUCCUCACUUAUUUCAUUUGUACAAUACAAGCACAAAACUCAUAAAUGCAUAAAAUACAUGAUACUAUUUGAUGAAUGGGAAAAAAAAUCCUAAUAAACCUAUAAUUUAAUCUCA